AUGUCAACAUUAGAGAACACAACAACUGCUAUCGUUCAUGAAGCCAUAAAUGAAGAAUACGAAUACAUACAAUAUAACAAACAACUUCGCCUCAUUCGUUCGGUCAAAGAUGACAUGUACCAAAUGCAAAGUAUAAUGAAUGCUCUUCGUUCUACAAAGCAAGCAUAUCAUUGGUUUGAAAACCAACAGACAAAAGAACUUUUAGAAGAAUUUCCUCAUAUGAUUGCUUCCCUCGGAAAACCGAGGGAAGAGAUUCCGUAUGAAAAUCGCAAGAAUUUGGCUCCUGGUUUGAAAGGUUAUUAUGUUCAUAGACUUUUAGUAAACGCUGUAGCAAUGUGGGCUUCACCUCGUUAUGCUUGUUAUAUUUUCAUGAUGUUAGAUGAACUAUAUAAAGCAGAACGUGAAGAUAUGGAAAUGAAACUUCAAGCAAAAGAUGAAGUCAUUGA